AUGCCAGGUGCAUCCCCAGCAGAUUUAAGCUUUAUUGAUAUGUCAACCGAUGUGUAUAAACUGUUGAAAGGAAUUUUGGAAUUGCCGAUGGAGCUACGAAAUAUGAUCGCAACUUAUUCCUCCGAUUCGAUGUUAUGGAGACCGGUCAAUGUUCUCUCGUGGGGCGCUGACAUAUUUGAAAAACUCCAGACCCUACCAGUACAUACGAUAUGUGCUGGAGAGUUGAAUCAGUUGAGCAUUAGGAAUUGGGUGAAUUCGAAUGUCAGUCAACCACUAGGACCCAGAGGUACAAGCAAUGCCCCAAGAUUCUUGAGAAUAGGCAUCGAUAUUUCAGGUGUCCAAUUCAUCGAGCCUUUAGAUGAUCGUCCCGUUUCUCGAGACAGCCGUUUCCCUGACUGUUUCCGGUACAUUGUGGAAGAGAUAGAUAAGUUGAAACCCCUCAAGCUAAUGACAAAUGGGCUGUUCUAUUGCAUCGAAGCGCCCACGGAUCAAUCCAUCAUCCCGACGCUUUGGAACAUCCCAAACCCUCCAGAUCUGAGUACCUUUAGAGUAGCCCCUACUCGUAAUACGAAACCGAGGCGCAUGAGCUUGAUCUCGAUAGACUCCGAUCUCACAGGCAUUAGCAUCUUCUGCACGCCGAGGCAAAUAUAUGGCAUUCAUGCUCAUACUGCUCUCUACCCCUCCGCCAUGCCAGCUUGGGGUAGGCUCUCGCGGGCUUCAAAAGUUGAGCUUCUCUGGGUGUACUUUCCAUUGAAUGCAGGCGAAAGCAUCUAUGAGGCGUGGAUUCGCCGAAGAGCUGGUCACCCAUCAACAACAUUUCCAAUGCUAAUGUUAAAAACAAACUUCGGUAGAUUCUGCAUGUAUGGUCCAAAUAGAGGUCCCGACUAUCUGGAAUACAGAGUCAGCUGCUUGGCCGAUAAGGGCAUCUCUCAGAUAGUUCACGAAGAUCCUGAACCCGGAGACCCAAUACAAUACUUUGGUGUCUUCCCAACGUUAGAUACGGAGCCGCAGCGGCAACAAUUACCACGACUACACUCUGGGCCCACCGUUGAUAGGGGCUGGUGUAAUGAUUUCUUAUGCACUGAAGCCCGGUUGGAGAAUGUCAUAGAAGCCCGGUGCUUCGUUAUUGGAAUGGAAAAUCAUGGCGAUUACAAUCAAGAUACUUGUAUGGGCGUCUUGCUCACCUACUCCACAGGAAUGCAAGAGGCGUUAGGUCGGUGUUGCGUCGGUCUUUACGAGUCGAUUACCGUGAAGGAUCCUGUCGCUUUUCACUGGAGAAAGAGCCGAACCGUUCGCGGCAUAGAUGGAGUCUGUGUUGGUUUUUCCUCAGAUGAGGUUAAGUUCAAUACAUUGACGGAGGUUGGAUGGCAAACCACGAAAAUGUCAGGCAAGGCUGUAUGGUGGUUUGAUUUUAAUAGGGUGUAUUUGAUGAUUAGGUAA